AUGAAUGGUACGGGUGUAGUACCGCUGAUACAACAAGUCGAGUUUCUAGAUGCGUUAACGCACAAUAAGCCGCUGCCAGCCGGCUGUGAGGCACAGCUAAUGAUGCCAUUGACAGUAGGAACGACAGAUUACUACGUCCAACAUUAUGUGUUUCCAGUACAGUUUAUACUUGGUGUGGCUGGGAACUGCAUCAAUUUGAUUGUGCUGCUUAGUGCUGGCAUGAAAAAUCAGGUGAAAUAAAGUUUUUCUGUUAUUUUAGAUAUGAACACUUUCUAAUUUGAAAUUUUUUCAAUUACAGUCGAAACUUUAUAGUAUGGUUCUAUGUACUGUACUAUAAUACUUAUAUUACACUACAUACUAAAGACACUGUGUUUUAAAUUGAAAUUACAUAAAUGAUCAUUGAAUUUUUAGGCGAACACCCUACUGUCGGCUAUGGCAUUCGCCGACUUGGCGUUCCUGGUAUGUCUACUACCGUUUUCACUGGCAUCAUUUCAUUUGUUUUACUCGAGUACGUGGUUUGCAUAUCUAUUUCUGCGCUACAAAACCCACGCUGUAGCUUUAGCCAAUAUGUUUUCUGUGGCUGCUUCGUGGUAAGUCUUUUAACGUACCUUUUUUCUAUUACAAUCUUAUAGGUUUUUUUAAAAAAAGUUUUAUUGUUAUUGUAAUAUACAUAGUACUUUCCAAUCUUAAAAAACUUUUAUAUUUAAAAUGUAAAAGACUAUAUUUUUUAAUCUAAAAUACGACUUAUACUGACAAUAUUUUUAAAAAGUUUAGGAUGGUGUUAGCAGUAUCAAUCGAGCGAUUUACGGGUGUACGACGGCCGAUGCACACAAGAUUCCAGCUUCGUGAUCGGUUGUUGUUUACGUUAAUAUCAUUUGUCUUUCUUUUGGCUUUUGCACUCACCUUUUCUCAUCACAUCGAAUACGACGUAUCUAUAAUCUCAACCAAAUGCAACACAAUCAAGGCUGUGUACAGGCAUUCGACUCAAGUAAGGGUGCUAUCAUUUUUAGAAGCUUAAAAGUUAAUUUUUCAUUUUCGAAAAAAGGUUUAAUUUUAAAAAUAAAUUAUUGUAUUUUAGAAAGCAGGGACAUCACAAAUCUACAUAGCUUACAUUGGAUAUGCAAAGAUAUUCCAAACGGUAAUGGGGGUAGCUUUGCCAGUAAUAGCUGUUGCCAUUCUCAACGUAUCACUCAUAUACUUCUUACGGAAACGAGAAAUAUUACCACGCCUGGUAUCGGACAAACAAAUGGAAGCUAGAUUUGUGUAAGUUAACAAAAUUACAAUUUACUUUGCUGAAUACGAAGGCUAAAAGCUCUUUUCAAAAGUCAAUCCUUUAGCUACUUUUUCAAUUUCACGGCAAUUUGUAACAUAUUACACAUGAUUUUCGAAAUACAGUGAGAUCUCUUUACUAUGUCCCUCUGUGUGUGACACCUUCCUUAUAAUAACCGCCUUUUGACCGCCUUUGUAAUAGAACAUCUAUCAAAAAGUACCUGAGUAGUGUGACAGCCUCCUCAGAAUGGCAAGUUUCAAUCAGUCCCUGGGGUGUCAUAUUAAAAAGAGUUGACUUUUUGUGUCAGUUCAUCCUAUAAACAAUAUUUUCUGAAAGUAAUGUCCUAAUUUGUAGCCGGUACAGUGACGCGGGCACGGUACAACGACAAGAACGAAGAGUGACAGCUACUGUUCUGGCCAUAGUGACGUGUUUCACCGUUACCCAUGUAAGUUCACUUUUAAUUACUAUUUUUAGCCAUUCCAUGCUUUGUAAACAACAUUAGCUAUUUUUAAGCUUGUACUUGUUACAAAGUAUAAAUAACUUAUUUUUGUCAAAAAAAAUAUAAGAAAACUUUUUAAAAAUUAUAUUGUUUUAGUUGCCGACGUUGGGGCCGUUCGUUUGGGAACAUUUGAAUCAGAAUGGCGUCACAAUGGACAACAAUGUAAUCACAUUACUGAACACAUUACUCGUGUCUGGAAAAGUUUUGAAUUUUGUGUUGUUUUGCCUCAGUUCCACUCACUUCCGCCAGCGUACGAUGGUCAUACUGAGUUCGCAUUUGGUCAGCCAUUUUACAGAAAACUUACUAUUAUAUAAGCAACAAAGCGUAAUAGACAUCUUAGGCCAAAAAAGCCACAAGUACCUUAUGUUGCUUAUACAAGAGUUUUUCAGCUACAAAAACAUAGUAUAGAUGGUACUAUAAUAUAUUUCUACUAUACAGUCUAAAUCAAUAUGUAAAAACCAAUUUUAGUGCCAAGAAACCGGGCGUAAAAAGUACAGUAGUAUGACAACCAACACUUCCAUACCUAAAAUAAGUAAUGCCGGCUCUCAACAUCACUCCAUUCAUUUGCACGACUCUCUCGACCAGUCGAUAUGUGGUUCACCCGCUCGUACCGGUCGUCGGGUACAGCUUCAGAUCGGGGAAGUAAACACAACUUGCUUUAAUGGAACCGAGAAUCAUCGAAAAGCCGGCGUCACGAACGACUUUAAUACGCGGAACAAGCGGCUCUCAAUGUCGUCAAAGUGA